AUCAUCUCCUGAAGUUCAUACUCCUAUCGUAAAUGACAAGUAUUCAUAGAAUUAGUAUCAAUCAAAAGGUGAUUAUUGUGAUAAUAGAUCGUCUGUUUAUUACCAUGGUAACCAGCUGUCAAUCAUUGGUUAAUCAAUCAGUCAGGCAUCGACCAAGCUGUCAAAAAUACGAGCGCAGGAAUAAAAUUUCGGGACUUAGCGUGGUGAGAUGAGCUAAAUUAAUGGCGUGGUCAAAGUAAUCCUAAUAAUUUAUGAUCCCUUCAAAAUUCAUUGCCAAAUUCUCGAGUCAGCGGUAAGCAGGUGAUUCGUUGCUUUUUUGUGAGAGUCAUCAGCGAAAUAAAUCAUCAUGAAUAUAGAAGAAUGUGUAAGAUCUGAGGAGGAACAGCUGUACAUGCUGGAGAUCCUAGUUAAAGGUCUCAGCUUGUGUCCUGACAAGAUCGAGGAUCCGAAUACCAACACGCUAUGCGUUCGCAUAAAGUUCAUCGACAUACCGACUUUCGAAAUCGGCCCUGAGGAAUUGACCAUGGUGAGAAAGACAUGCGAGAGGAUACCAGAAGAGGUUCUAGAAGUGGAGUCUAAGGUCGGGGACAGAUCCGUGAAGCUGAACGCCGGGAAAUCGUGCCUCUUCGCAAAACCGCCGUGUGAGCUCGUGCGAGCUAUGCACUCGCGACCUCUAAAGGUCGGAGUUUACAAAAUCGCUGCACGAGCCGUCUGCGGGGUUGUAGGCGAACCGUUUCCCAUCUGCGAGGCGCGCGUACCGUUAUCCGGAUGUCUCUGUGACCAAGUAUCUACGACUAGCAACGAGAGGAGUCAUCCACCUAAAGCGUACACUCUGACUAAUGUUUAUGACUUGAUCGAUGACCAGAAUAAAAUCUCAGGAAGCAUCGCCCUGUCUUUGAGGCUAUCCUGUUUUGGCAAAUCCAUCGUGACGCAUUUUGCGUUUCAGGAAAAAUUCUCAGCCCCUAGAAGUUCGCAGAUGAACGAUGCGUUACAGCCGGUAAAAGAUAAUGAAAACAGGGAUGCAUCUGAAAUAAAAAUGGGGAAUUUACAGUCUGUCCAGGAAUCAGGUGAAACGACUGAAUCGUCUCGUCUACCUCGGGAAGCACGUAGAGGGGAUGAAACUGCUGGCAACGUAGGAGCUUCACUAUGUGUACCAACCUCACCGCCUAAGAUAUCCAUGGGUGAGCCAGGCUUCGAGAAACUAACUAACGCUGAGAAAUUGAACGACAGACAAUAUCGUGGCCAUGUUUAUCGAGCUUACCCAAACGAACCGACCUGCGCUUGUACUCCGGUCGAUAACCAUCCGAUCUUUUCGAGCACGUCUUCCGCGUGCCCUUCUGGUUGUCUCGGUCGUUGUUGUUCAAGUAUGAGGCAACCCAGUCUAGCGUUGCAACGAGACAAUGCUAACAAUGACAAGGUGCCGUGCUUUAUUCCCAGCUAUUGUGUCAGAAAUCCACAAACUAGCAUUAUUUACGACUCUGGUACUAGCUGUACUUCGAGAAUGAGGGGCGGCGGAUGUGGACUAGGAAAUCCCGAAAUUACUGGAUUUCGGCAAGAAUCCAUUUGCCAUAACGAACAAUAUCCACAACCUGUGACCAAUCAGAGAAUCGAGACUACAACAAAUUAUAGUCAAUUUCAACCUAGAAGAGAGCUCCACAGUACUGAAUAUCCUGUAACGAAUGAUUUCGAGGAAUUCAAUAAUCACAGAUCAGUAACUCAAACAGGAUUCGAAUCUACUCCAGUACGUCAUAUUGACGAUCACUUAGCGUCAUCUAAUGAAGUUACAUUUGACGCCUAUAAACCUCAAUCAACGUCCAACCCGAAGUCUGGAUGUGGCUGUCCAGCUAAAGAAGCUUUGGACGCUUCAUUAAGACGCAGGGGUGUUUCGGCAACCAUAAAGAAGCCAUGUAUAGGAGUAGACUGUCUGAUUCGAGCAUUCAAAAAUGCUCAAGACUUUGUCGAUUCCUUGGGCACGGUGCCAGGUUUGGCAGGACUAGGCUUAAUGUCUCCAUCAGAGAGUCCUUACUUCGGUAGGGACAAAGAACAGAAUCAAACUAUGGAUAUGAGUGCAUCGAAGAAAGGACUCCUUCCUCCACAGCAAAUGCAGUACUCUGGUCCUUGCAACACACUCAACACCAGACAAGGGAUCGUGGGUGUGAACAGUGUCAUGGCAUCCUUUCCAUCGGCAACUCCUUUCACGAUUGCGGUACCAGGGCGUUCCGGAGUCGUGCGUGAGGCAAUCCCAGUUAUACCGGAAGCGGGCUCCAUUGUGUUUACCAAGCAGAAAAGGAAGGAUGAGAAGCUGGAUAAGCAGAAAGAGCUUGAGACGAUCUUUCCACCUCCGGAAACCGAGUUAGGACCUUGCGGGGAACCAAGGUGCAGGUCGAGAAAGCGAACGAGAACUCUUGAUUCGUCAAUGUUAGAAGCAACAACGACAAUCGUAAAAAAAACCACCUCGCAGACGGCACAAUCUGCCGGUGCCGGAACCGCAAAAUUAAUCGGGAAGGUGAACACUAAACAACACAAAAAUAAAACAAGAUAUCCAGGACCCGGUGGCGAUCGCAAUGCUACUGGCAAAUCUCAUAUGAAGGUCGGUCGAAGAAUCAUGAAAUUUGUUUAUGCGGUUGCAGCCACUUAUCCUGGAAUCAAUUACGGUCACAAGAAUUGUAUCGAUCCACGACCUAGAGUACCAGGUAACAUGGGUUGGUUAUGGAAUACAAACACCAUGAUGGGUAGAUUAAAACCUCGUAAAGGUUGGAAGCCUGGGGCUAUUGCGCACAGUGUCAAUGAGAUUCUAAAGGAAGCAAAAGUCGGUGUAGUACACAUGCCCAGGUCCAGAUCUAGGGCUGCAGUGUCUAAGAGCAGAAAACGUAAGAUGCAGAAGAGCAAGAGUUUCUUGUCUAAGAAGUCUGUACCAAAGAAGAAAGAUGGCGAAGAGGAAGAUGUCGAACCACCUCCGACGCUUCAUAUACACAGAAAAGAUGGCACGUACUACGUGACCAUGUAUCCAAUAAAGCAGGAGUCGAUGGAAGUACCGCAGCUCGAAGAGCCUAUGAAACCCCUUCAAUUUAAGAUCCCAAAGAAUAAGGAUGAUGCCUCCGUAGCAUCGAGCUCUUCGGCAUCCGACAUGGAGAUCGAGUUCUCACCACCGGCUGCCGUUAACCGGUACCGCAAGAAACCCAACGUGAUUCACGUCGACACGCAAGUCAAACAGCAGGAGAUACUCGAUGCGUUCAAGCCUCCCGACAGCGCAAAGAAGAAGGAAAAGAAGUCGAAGAAGGGAAAGAAGUGAUCCGACGAUGGGCACUUCGCAUUUCUGCGAGUCUCUUCGCAAUCCUGAGAGGUGUAUUUUCUAUUCUGACUACUAAGAGCAUCGCCUGUAUAACUGUUGGUAAUUGCUAGUUGGUAACGAGCGAAGGUUGCAAACACAUUUACUACGCAUAUCCAUCGCAUAUAGAGAAGAGGUUAACGAAGUGGCAUCCUAAACGGUCAAUCUGACUUCUCGAUGAUACAGCAGCGGCACGUUGCCGUCGUGUAUUUAUCUUGUAUCGCUAACGCGGAAUCAGCGAACGGUAUGCCUAUGUGAUGUGACUGAAGGACAUGCAGUUAUCGCUGGGACAUCAGCGUGAAUGAGCGAAUCAAGUGACGCAGUGAUCGCUGCUAAUUUAUCUCACGAUCGCAAAUCCGUGGGAGUGAGUUUGAGUUUGCGCGCGUUGCGAAUGUCAUGCGCAUCUGAGACUAGUUACAGCCUGUUUAUUGGCACGGCGUCCUAUGGUUGACGGUGGUUCAGCUUGACAGCAGCUAACAGUUUUAUAGUGAUUAUUGACAGCGUGUUUUACAUGA